AGCAGAGCUCUAGGGGUGCAGAGAAGGUUUGCGCAUGGCAUCUGAUCUCGGAAUCACCCAUUUGAUCUUGGAAAUGGAUUCUUUUCUAGUGGUUCACAUGCUUCAGGCAAAGAAAGGGGUGGAAGGCUUAGCUUGGACCCUGUUUUCUGACAUUCUUCAUCUUCUAAGAACGUUUUCUGAGUAUCAUGUGCAGCAUACUUUUAGGGAGGGCAACUUUGCAGCAGACUAUAUGGUUGCUAUUGGCCAAAACUUCUCUCAUGGUAUCACUAUGUUUCCAGAGCCUCCAGUGGAAUUGACAGGAAAUGGCGAUUUGAAGGGAAAAGGUGAGGAUGUUAAUAAUGAAGUUAAAGCAGAAUUACAAGGAAAUGAAGUGAGGACGGAUGGCAAGGAGGAAAAUGGUGGAUUAGAGAAUCCAAAGGGUGUAGAGGAAUACGGUGAUGACAACAACAAGGAAGAGAGGCAACCUGAUGAGGAGACAGGAAUAAAGCUCAAAGAGGCCAAGAAGAAAUUGUUAUGGAUGUCAAAGAGGAAGAUGAAUUGAAGAAGAUUAAUGAGGAAAUACGUGAAUCAAUGAAGGAUGAUGUAAUAU